AUGAUUACAAUUAAAGAUUUUGAAUAAUUUUAGCCACAAGCUAGCAAUCAUUAAUAAAAAAAUAUCAUUAAAUAAUAAAAAUAUGAAUUUUGGGAAUCACAAUAUUAUAAAUCCAUUUUGAAGAAAUUUAAAAUAGUUUUGACUAAAGAUAAUGAGAUAUAAUAUUUUGUUGAUGGUUAACUUUAAAAAAUGUAAAUAAUUGACUCUUAAUAAAAAGAAAAGAAGAAAAAAGUUAUGAUAUAGAACUUGAGGGUUGGAAUAAUUUGGAAUAGAUAUAAAAUCUUGAAUGGUUAGGAUCAUAUGGAUAAAAGAACUAAAAAGUAGGCAAAUGGAAAGCCACUUGGAUAGGCGAAACUUUACAUAAUGUAGUGAAUGGUACUUAAAUGAUGGAAAAAAUAAGGAUUAUGGAAGGAACUGAUAAACAAUUAUCAAUCUUAAGAUAUCUUCAUGAAAGCAUAAGUUUAAGAAUUUGGAGAAUAUUUUAAAGGCUUAAGGUAAAAUAAUUGGGUUUAUUUAUAAUAAUAAAAAAAGAUGUAUUUAAAAUAAUCAAUAAUUAUAUAGUGGUGGUGGAAAAUACAAUUUGAAAGGUUAAAAGAAUGGUAAAUGGAUUGA